AUGGUCGAACUGGGUAUGCUUGUCUCGGGCAUCGUCGGGGUCCUCGGCGGCUUCUCGGCGGCGCUGGCCGGCUGGUCGCCGCUGUCGCUCGGCGCCCGCCCGCUCUUUGUGCUAUCGCAAGGCCUCUCGGUGUUUGCGAUCGUCUUCAUGGCCAUCUACUCGCCGCUCUACUAUGUCACGUCAACGUCGGAAGUGACCGCGCUCGCGAUCGCCGCCGGUGUCGGCGCCGGCAUGGGUCUGGUCGCCGCCUUUCUCACGGUGCUGAGCCCGUACUUCUUGACGGCCGCGACCGGCCUCAUUCUCGCGCCGUACCUCCUCGUGCUCGACGAGUCGGUCGGCCACCUCUUUGAAGGCCAGUCUUCGUUUGCCAAGCAAGAGUUUGUCGUCGGCUUUGGCCUUCUCUGGUUUGUGCUCUUCUUGUCGCACUCGAAGACCUCGGACACGGAGUGCCACCGCUUCAAGUAUGUGCUCUUUAGCGCGAUCACCGGCGGCUGGCUCUUCAGCGACGGUAUCUUCCGCCUCGUCUUCUCCAACCAGGCGCCGCUCUCGAAGCUCAUGUUCGGUAUCAUGGGCAUUCCGUACGAAGGUGUGGUCUACAGCCUCAGCGAAGGCAUCACGGACAGCAACAAGCUGUACGUGAUGGUCAUCUGGGCCGGCAUGGCGAUCCUCGGCUCUCUCAACCAGCUCAGCAUGCGCUGGGGCCUCCUCUGCUACAACAAGGUGGGUGCCCACGUCGGCAUGACGUCGAUUCAUGAAGACACGAUGGAGCUGCCCUCGGGUGCUGCGGCCUCGGCGCCGUUCAUGCACGAGCGCACGCGCCUUGUGUGCGAGAACUGCUUUGCGACUGUCCCGGCCGGCACGGCCUUCUGUACCGAGUGCGGUGAAGCCAUGCCGUCGGACGACCAUGUGCCCAACGUCUCGAUCUCGCAGGCCCAGAUGCCGUCGCUCGCGAUGGCCGCCGACGGCACGACGCCCGAGCGCUGGCAGCAGAUCCCGAACCGCGCUUACCUCUCGACGACGUCGUUUGUGGACCCGAAGAAGAUGACGGAGAACAACACGGAGUCGCGCUCGAUCCGCUUUAUGGACGCGGGCGACAAGCCGUACGGCGCAUCGAUGAGCGGUCGCCCGAACCACUACGAGCCGUCGUUCCGAUCGUUUGCCAUGUCGACGUACUCGAUUGCUAACCGCGCGGCCGAGCCCGUCGAGACGCCCAACAUUCGCAAGUACAAGAUGUCGGGCGGCGCUGCAUUCCACCUCAUCUACUUCCUCUCGGCCAUUGCUGGUAUCGUGUGGCUCGCCUUCCUCAUCACGUUUUACCCGCGUGAGACGCCGUGCAGCGUGUCGCAGCCGCAGCUCUCGUGCUCGCUCAUUGAGCAGAGUGUCAAGACGGCCUUCAACUGCACGCCGAGUACGAACCCGCAAAACAUCAACAUCCAGACGCAGGAGCCCAACUGCAUCAAGGCGACGCCGGGCGGUGUGUGGUUUUGCUACGUCAUCUUUGUCGGCUCGGAGUACCUCAACUUUUUCCUCGGCCUCUUGUACAACUUCUCCAUGUGGCGUCCGAUCCGCCGCGGUGCGCGCUACCUCAACGACUUCAAGCCCGCGCUCCCGAAGGAACAGUGGCCGACCGUCGACGUGUUUUUGUGUCAUUAUUCCGAGCCCGUCGUCGACUCGAUGAAGACGCUCAAGAACAUUCUCGCGAUGCAGUACCCGCCCGAGCUCCUCCACGUCUGGAUCUGCGAUGAUGGUUACACGCGCUCGGUCUGGGACGCCAACAACCACUUCAAGGUGACGGUCAACACGAAGAACAUUGAGCAGUGCGGUGACAUUCGCGGCGACGUGGCCCGCAUGAUGCACGAGCGCGUCGUUGGCCCCGUCCAGGACGACGCGUCGCUCAAGGCGUGGCGCCGCCAGCACUCGUCGGUGCGCGAGCUCAAGAAGGAUGGCAUCAAGGGCGUCCAGCGCCGCGACUGCGCCGUCGGCUCGUUGAGCGACGACUAUGACUACCGUGAUCGCGGUCUCCCGCGUGUGACGUUUGUCGGUCGCAUGAAGCCCGAGGAGCACCACGCCAAGGCCGGUAACAUCAACAACGUGCUCUUCAAUGAAGGCGCCGACGGCAAGUACAUCCUCAUCCUCGAUAACGACAUGAAGCCGCACCCCAAGUUCCUCCUCGCGGUCCUCCCGUUCUUUUUCUCGGAAGGCGAGGCGGUGGACGGCACGGGCCGCCAGUACUCGGACGACAUCUCGUGGAACCAAGUCGCGUACGUGCAGACGCCGCAGUACUUCGAGGACUCGCCGCAGAUCACUGAGAUGGGCGACCCGUGCGGCCACAAGAACACGAUUUUCUUCGACGCGGUGCAGUGCGGUCGCGACGGUUUUGACUCGGCCGCUUUCGCCGGUACCAACGCCGUCUUCCGUCGCCAAGCGUUCGACUCGAUCGGCGGUAUCCAGUACGGUACCCAGACGGAAGAUGCCUUCACGGGCAACAUCCUUCACGGUGCUGGCUGGGACUCGGUCUACUUCCGCAAGGAUUUUGAAGGCGAGCCCAAGGACCGCAUCCGCCUCUGCGAAGGUGCGAUUCCCGAGACCGUCGCCACGUCGCUGGGUCAACGUAAGCGUUGGGCUAUGGGCGCUGUCCAGAUUCUGCUCAUGAAGGGUGACUCCGAGGUCGACCCGGACUGGCGUCCUCCUCGCGUGCCGGCGCCGGACCCGAAGCCGUCGCUUGUGUUCCCGCGCAAGCUCUUCUUCUACGAUUCGGUGUUCUACCCGUUCGGCUCGAUCCCCGCGCUCUGCUACGUCUUUAUCGCUAUCUACUACCUCAACACGGGCUCGGCGCCCAUCUACACGCCCGGCCAGAACCUUAUGUACACGUUCUUGCCCGUCAUGCUUAUCCGCUGGAUGCUCAACUUGCUUGCGAACCGCACGGUCGACUCGAACGACGUGUGGCGUGCGCAGCAGACGUGGUUCUCGUACUCGUUCAUUACGGCUCUGGCCAUUGGCGAGGCCGUCCGCUGGCGCCUCACGGGUGUCAUCUCGGCCUGGACCAACACGGUCGUCGGCCUCAUGCGCUUCUUCAACUACGAGAACGCGACGAGUCCGUGGAACUACGUCUCGGCCAUGUUCUUCGGCUUCUGGAUCAUGUCCAACUUGUACCCGAUGGCCAAGAUGAGUAUCUCGGAGUACGCGGGCUGGGACCACACGACGGCGACGUUCACGGCCAGCGUCUUUGGCUCGCUCCUGCUCGUCGGCAUCGUCGUCUUCGUCCAAGUGUGGCAGACGACCUACUCGCUCAACAUGCUCACGGCCCAAGGCCUCUCGCAGACGACGACGUAG